AUGAGGCUUGGCGUAAUCCUGCAAGAAUAUCACUUCCUUCCGAUUGAUCAAAGAAGGCUGUUUCUGGAUGAGUGCUGCUUGUACUUGUUGAGACUGCUCAAAAUACAAGUUAGCAGUUAUGGUUUGACCCCUUUCCAAAAACUGGACAAUUCCAGUUGCUGUCUACCAAACACACAAGAAAACCUUGUUUGGGUGCAAAGAAGCCUUGGGCGUGUGUGGUACCGAAUCAGUAGGCGACAACCAGUGAUACGAACGCUUAGAAUUCGAAUACAAGAUCCAUUUCUGGUCGCAGGUUAAUAACCGGUUAAGAACAGGUUCGUUAGCGUUGCGUGAAAUGUUUGCUGAAGAAAUGGUAAGACGACUUACUGAUGAAGAUGCAAACGAAUAGUUUCAGGACUCACUCUGAACAUUUCUCCAAGUUCUUGGCACGUUGACCUGGAAUUUGCAUCCACAACCUGUUAAAGAUCCUCGUUGUUAAUGAUUUUUGGUCUCCCUCAGCGCG